AUGUCCAAUGAAAACAUCACCACAACAAUUGUAGAUACAGAAAGUAACAAUACUUCCUCCCGAAGAAGAAGAAAACAACAACAACAAGGCUCAUCAUCUACGACGCUCGAUGUUCCCACCACUCCAACCUCACCUCAACAACAACAAGGCUCAUCACCAUUAGCCUCUUCUCCUUCGAACACCAACACCAACACCAACAACACCAACAACAACACUCCCACUCGUUCUGAACCCAUUGACAUUCCAAAACUUUGUGAGAAAUUACAACAAAAUGAUCCUUUAUUGACCAUUGUGGAUUUGAGUGGACAAAUUCUCUCUGUGAAUGACAUUGCUCUCUUAUUGGAUGCUCUCAUGAAAAAUCAUUAUGUACAAACAGUGGAUUUGACACAUUGUGGAAUUAAUGAUCAAUCUGCAUCAUUCAUUGGUGAUUUUAUUGGAAUGAAUCAUCAAAGUGUUCGAAAUUUAUAUCUCGAUAUGAAUCCAUUUUGUGGUGAAGAGAGUGUGAAUAGUAUACUCGAUGGAUUGGAACAAAAUGUUUAUUUACUAGAUUUGACUGUGAAUGAAAAUGUCAUUGCACAAGAAUUUAUUGAUGAAAUUGAAAAGUAUUUGGAACGUAAUGCUCAAGAAUAA